AUGGAGUCCGACGACGACUUCUUGUCGAACAUGUCAAGCGAGGACGAUGCUAUGCACGAUGAUAGCGACAACGGUUUACUGUCAGGAGGUGAAGAUUUUGACGACUUCGAAGAAGAGCCGGAUGACAUCGACAUCGACAUCGUUAAGGAUGUAGCGGCCGACGAUAAACGAAAACACGCUUAUGAAGUCGAUUUUAAAGUCUAUGAACCGAGGGACCUUGACCGACAGCAGGAGGAACUCAUGGACGAAGUCAACAUGAUCCUCGAAAUGCGGCCCGAAGACGCAGCUAUCCUCCUCCGCCACUUCCGUUGGAACCGGGAGCGUCUCAUAGAGGAAUACAUGGAAAGCCCUUCCAAUGUUCUGGAAGCCGCCGGGCUUGGGGCCGACGUUGUCGGACUGCCGAGGCUGGAGGUCAUUCCUGGUUUCACUUGUGACAUAUGUUGCGAGGACGGCGAAGGAUUGGAAACUUUUGCAUUAAAGUGCGGCCACCGUUACUGCGUGGACUGCUAUCGCCAAUAUUUGACACAGAAAAUCCGCGAAGAGGGCGAAGCGGCAAGAAUACAGUGCCCCACGACCGAUUGCGGCCGCAUCAUUGACGCCAAGUCCCUGAGCAUUCUUGUCACCCCGGACCUUUCUGAUCGCUACCACGAGCUGCUUAAUCGCACGUACGUCGAAGACAAGGAUUCACUAAAGUGGUGCCCUGCGCCCGAUUGUGAGAACGCCGUGGAUUGCCACAUCAAGAAAAAGGACCUAGACCGCAUUGUCCCUUCUGUCGAAUGCAGCUGUGGCUACCGUUUCUGCUUCGGCUGCUGCCUGAAAGACCACCAGCCUGCUCCAUGCAAGCUUGUGAAGCAGUGGUUGAAGAAGUGUGCCGACGAUUCCGAAACUGCCAACUGGAUUUCAGCAAACACAAAGGAAUGUCCGAAGUGCAACUCAACAAUCGAAAAAAACGGCGGCUGCAAUCACAUGACUUGUAGAAAGUGCAAGCACGAGUUUUGCUGGAUGUGCAUGGGACUCUGGUCGGAGCAUGGUACCAGUUGGUACAAUUGCAACCGUUUCGAAGAGAAAAGCGGCACUGAAGCUCGUGAUGCACAAGCAAAAUCUAGAGUUUCCUUGGAGCGAUAUCUGCACUACUACAAUCGAUACGCAAACCACGAGCAGUCAGCCAAGUUGGACAAGGAUAUUUACACACGUACCGAACAAAAGAUGGUCCAGUUGCAGACCUCUUCAGGCAUGUCUUGGAUUGAGGUACAGUAUCUGAACGCCGCGUCACAGGCGCUGCAGACCUGCCGCCAGACGUUGAAGUGGACAUAUGCUUUCGCUUUUUAUCUUGCUAGGAACAACAUCACAGAGAUGUUCGAGGACAACCAAAAGGAUCUCGAGAUGGCCGUGGAGGCACUGUCGGAAAUGUUCGAAAAGCCGGUCAGCGAUCUGUCGGAGGCCAAGAUGAAGGUGGACAUCAUGGACAAGACUGCGUACUGUAACAAACGGCGCGUGAUUCUCCUGGAGUACACGGCAGACAAUCUUGCACAUGGACGUUGGACGUUUAAUAACGACCACAAUUUGGCGUCUGUGGUGACGGCUAAACCCGCAGCAAAUGCGCGACCGUGA